AUGGAGGCAUUGACGGAGAUUUGCGAAAUCAUAGAGGAGAAUCCCAUCAAAUUCUCUGAGAAUCUCUUUUGGAUUUGCCGACAGUGUCCGCACGAAUCAUCAUCCAGCGUCUCUCGGAGUCAUCUCAACGCCGUCUUGGCCGUUGCUCGGAUCAUCUCCAGGAACGUCGACACAUCCGAGAAUCACGGCCAACUCGCCGUCCUCGAUUUCCUCCAGGCCGUUCCGAAGUCUUUCCGCCGCUCUUUCUGGCCGUGUUCGUUCACGUUGGACUCUAUUUCCGACUUCUAUUGCAGCUUCCUAGGUUACGUCUCGUGCACGUCACUGGAAAUUGGGACUAUGGUUGUUGAGAUUGCAGGGGAGGUUAUGGUUCCAGGUGAUGACGUGGACAUGGAUCCAGCAAUCUCUAGGGCUUUCUUGGUUGCUCUUUCUCGGGUUGGUUUCCCUUCGGUUAAAAAGUCUGAUGGGGAUAAGUUGAUUACUGUGCUGCUUCAUCAGUUUAGGUCGAACUGUUACUCAUCAUCAGUAUAUAAUGAGGAGUUUAGCUCUCUUUCUGUGUUUAGGCAGCAAGUUUCUUCCAUUGAGGAUGAAUCCAUUGAGAGUUUAGAGAUGCAAGAGAUUACUUUCAAUUUGAUCAGCCAUGUUUUGGAUAAAGUAAAGGUUGAUUCUAAGCUCCAUGAUCAGGUGAGUUCUAUAGCUAGAAGGAAGCUUCAGUCCAUGUCUGCAUUUCUCAAGUCAAGAAGGCGGGAUUGGAAUGAGCAAGACCAACUUUUGAAAACUAGAGUGGAUGCCAAACUGUUUGUUUAUCAAGCUGCAGCCAGAAUGAAAAUCAAGAGUCUUGUGUCCCUUGAAACAGACGGAAAGACAUAUAAAAAGCUGACUAUGGAGACUCUUACAUUGCUGUUUGAUGCUGCAGAAGCUUGCUUAACAUCCCUGUGGCGGGAAAUGAAGGCUUGCAAAGAACUGUUCAUAUCUCUGCUUUCUGGGAUUGCGGCAGUCGCAAAGGGAAGAUGUUCACCACAUGGGAUGUUUUUCAGACUUAAACCACUGGUACUAGCUGUCUGCGCACAGCCUGAUACUUGGUUGGGAAAUCAGAUGAAUAUUUUUGAGAGCUUAUCUAAAAUUUGUUGUGAGAUUAUUGAAUCUAUUUGGGCCAAGGAUCGAGCUUUAGUGAACACCUUCAUCGGGGGGUUAGCUUCAAGGAUUCAUAAAAAGAAUGAUUACGAAGAGCAGGUUGGUAGGGACAAGGAAGAUCCUACUGUACCGCUCAAUGUUAUUCAGCUGCUUGCUGAUAUCAGCGUUGCUGUUAAGAAGCCUGAAGUAGUGGACAUGGUUUUCCCAUUUUUUAUUGAAAGCCUGGAAGAGGGUGAUACUUCAACUCCUGGCUCUUUGCGACUCCAACUUCUUGAUGCUGUAUCUCGGAUGGCAACACUAGGAUUUGAGAAGUCCUACCGCGAGACAGUUGUUUUGAUGACUAGAAGUUACUUGAGAAAUAUAUCGACGGUGGGAUCUGAGGAAGGAAAUAUAUCAGAACCAAAAUCUAGAACUAAGCAUCUAGAGACUCUUGCUGCAGGCUUUCUUACAAUUGCUAAUGGUCUUAUUAAUACAAAACUUCGUGCUGACUAUCGCCAUCGCCUGCUUUCCUUAUGUUCGGAUGUAAGCCUGGCUACUGAGUCUAAAAAUGGAAGGAGCGGUGCAGACAUGCUAGGUCCUCUUCUUCCUGCCGUUGCGGAAAUAUGUUCAGAUUUCGACCCUACUUCAAAUGUGGAACCAUCACUUUUGAAACUGUUUCGAAAUCUGUGGUUCUAUAUAGCCCUUUUUGGCUUAGCGCCUCCUAUUGUUAAACCUCAACUUGCAGGAGGGCCUUACAUGUGGAGCACUCAGUGGUCUCUUGAUGUUCAGAGGAUUUCUCAGGGCACUCCUCCCCUUGUCGUCAGUUCUGUUAAAUGGCUUGAAGACGAAUUGGAGCUCAAUGCGCUUCGUAAUUCUGAUAGUUCUCGAGGAAUUGGGAAUAAGAAAGUAGCUUCAACCCAGAGAAGUGCUCUUUCAGUUGCCUUGGGUGGUCGAGUUGACGUUUUAGCACUGAACACUAUCUCAGGGGUGAAGGCAACCUAUCUGCUUGCAGUAGCCGUUUUGGAGAUCAUACGUUUUACUAGCAAUGGGGGUAUCCUUAAUGGUGGCUCAAGUGUGUAUCCCUCUCGAAGUGCCUUCAGUUGUGUCUUCGAAUACCUGAAAUCUCCAAACCUCACGCCUGCUGUUUCCCAGUGUUUGACAGCAAUUGUGCAUAGAGCCUUUCAAGCAGCAGUAUCAUGGCUGGAAGAUCGGAUGUCUCUUACUUGGAAAGAUGAUAGUAUUUGGGAAUCGACUAUAAAUGCACAUGCAUGUUUCCUCAUAAAGAAUAUGUCACAGAGAGAUGAACACAUUCGAGACAUCUCGGUGAACCUGUUGAAUCAGAUCAGGGACAAGUUUCCCCAGGUCCUCUGGAGCUCGUCUUGUCUGGAUAGUUUGCUAUUCUCUGUUCAUGACAAUGCACCUUCAAUGGUUGUCAAUGAUCCUGCUUGGACUGUUGCCGUUCGAUCUUUAUACCAUAAAGUUGUUCGAGAAUGGAUCUAUAUAUCACUUUCAUAUGCUCCAUGCACUACGCAGGGUUUGCUUCAGGAAAAACUGUGUGAGGCAAACACAUUGCAGCGAACACAAACUACAACUGACGUGGUUUCUCUUCUAAAUGAAAUGAAGAUCGGAACUGGGAAAAAUGAAAUUUGGCCUGAAACAAAAACAGCAAAUAUUCCAGCUGUGAUGGCUGCAGCGGUUGCAGCGUCUGGGGAAAAUUUAAAAGCUUCUGAAGCCUUUAACUUGGAGAUACUUGGUACUAGUGUCGUUAAUGCAAUGUUGAAGUGCCAGCAUACCGGAAAAAUUGCUGGCUUGGUUAGAUUGGGAAACAGUAUUGGCAGUGACACGUUAAUAAACAGUUCUGUGAGGAGCCUUCAACAAAUCGUUAAUACUUGUAAGAAUGGAGGAGCUAUUGACAAGUCGCAGUUUCGAGAAACUUGUUCUCAUGCAACUGCAGUACUGCUGUCAAAUCUGGCUGGUCAACCUAAAACAGAUAUCAAGGGAUUUUCUCGUUUACUACGUCUCCUUUGUUGGUGUCCAGCUUAUAUAUUAACUCCAGAGGCUAUGGAAACUGGAGUAUUCAUUUGGACCUGGUUGGUUUCUGCUGCUCCGCAAUUGGGAUCUCUUGUUCUUGCCGAACUUGUUGAUGCAUGGACAUGGACAACUGAUUCAAAACGAGGACUAUUUGCAUCUGAUGUGCGAUACUAUGGCCCAGCUGCAAAAUUAAAGCCCCAACUUGCCCCUGGAGAACCAGAAGAUUUAACUGAUAGUGACCAUGUUGAUCAAAUAGUCGCUCACAGACUAUGGCUUGGAUUUUUUAUAGAUCGCUUUGAGGUGGUUCGACAUAAUAGCGUGGAUCAACUCUUGUUGUUUGGUCGGAUGUUACAACGGAAUACAAGUCUUGACUGGUGCUUUACCAACCACCCAGCAGCGACUGGUACAUUUUUCUCCUUGAUGCUCCUUGGACUGAAGUUCUGCUCAUGCCAAAAACAAGGCAACAUUCAUAAAUCUAGACAUGGACAUGAAUUGCUGGAAGAUCGAAUCUACAGGACUUCUUUACGAUGGUUUUCUCGUCAACCAGAGUGGUACAAUGUAAACAUUCUGAAAUUUUGUCAGAGUGAGGCUCAAUCUGUGUCAAUUUUUGUUCAGUUUUUGUUAAACGAGAAAUCAGAGUUUAGCCAAUCUGAUUCCGAAGGAAGAUCAGCUCAAGAAAACGGGAAACUAACUGAAUUGAGUGAUCAGUAUCAUCCUGUUUGGGGUAAAAUGGACAAAUAUGCAGUGGGAAAGGAGAAGAGGAAGCAACUGCUUCUUAUUCUUUUCCAACAUGAAUCUGAUAGGCUAGACGUUUGGGCAGAACCUAUUAGUUCAAAGGAAAGUUCAUAUUCACGGCUAAAAGUAAGCUCUGGGAAAUGGACUGAACAUGCUAAAACUGCCUUUUUAGUGGAUCCAAGGAUUUCUAUAUCAUUGGUAUCAAGAUUUCCAGCAAAUAUUGCUUUGAAAUCCGAAGUCACUCAGCUAGUUCGGGCUCAUAUAGUAGAUCUUCGCACAAUUCCUGAGGCAUUACCAUAUUUUCUCACACCUAAAACUGUUGAAGAGAACUCAGUGCUAUUGCAGCAGCUGCCACACUGGGCUGCUUGUUCAAUUACACAGGCUCUUGAGUUCCUCACUCCUAAUUAUAAGGGCCAUCCACGUGUGAUGGCAUAUGUCCUGCGAGUUUUAGAGUCAUACCCCCCUGAGCGAGUCACUUUCUUCAUGCCACAGUUGGUGCAGUCUCUGCGCUAUGAUGAAGGGAGGCUGGUUGAAGGGUAUCUCCUCAGAGCUGCCCAAAGAAGUGACAUAUUUGCUCAUAUCCUCACUUGGCAUUUGCAGGGCGAGUCUGUUCAGGAAACAGUGAACGAUGGUGCUUUCGAUAAGAAUGCAUCAUUUCAAGCAAUCUUGUCAGAGGUUCGACAGCAUAUCAUUGAUGGUUUUACUCCCAAGGCCUUGGACUUGUUCAAUAGAGAGUUUGACUUCUUCGAAAAGGUUACAUCUAUUUCUGGUGCAUUAUUCCAUCUUCCAAAGGAAGAACGAAGAGCUGGUAUCAGGAGAGAGUUGGAGAAAAUAAAAAUGCAAGGCGAAGACCUUUAUUUGCCUACGGCUCCUAACAAGCUUGUUAAGGGUAUCCAGAUAGACAGUGGCAUACCACUACAAUCAGCUGCCAAAGUCCCUAUCAUGAUAACUUUUAACGUUGUCGAUCGUGAUGGUAACCAUAAUGAUGUGAAACCACAGGCUUGUAUUUUCAAGGUUGGAGAUGAUUGUCGUCAAGAUGUUCUUGCUCUUCAAGUGAUAUCUCUUCUAAGAGACAUAUUUGAAGCGGUUGGUCUUAAUCUUUAUCUGUUUCCAUAUGGAGUACUUCCAACUGGGGCUGGGAGGGGCAUCAUUGAGGUAGUGCCAAAUACACGAAGCAGAAGUCAAAUGGGUGAAUCAACUGAUGGAGGCUUGUAUGAGAUCUUUCAACAGGAGUUUGGACCCGUUGGCUCACCCUCCUUUGAAACAGCACGGAGUAACUUCCUCACCAGCAGUGCUGGUUACGCGGUGGCGAGUCUUUUACUCCAGCCCAAAGACAGACACAACGGCAAUCUCCUCUUCGACAACAUGGGAAGGCUUGUUCACAUUGAUUUUGGUUUCAUCUUUGAAACUUCACCUGGGGGAAACAUGCGUUUUGAGAGCGCACAUUUCAAACUGAGCCACGAGAUGACACAGUUGCUUGAUCCAUCAGGUGAUAUGAAGAGCGAAACUUGGAAUCAGUUUGUAAGCUUGUGUGUUAAAGGUUACUUGGCUGCUCGCGGGUACAUGGAAGGGAUCAUCAGUACAGUGGAGAUGAUGGUGGAAAGUGGAUUGCCUUGCUUCAGCAGAGGAGAUCCAAUUGAGAAACUUCGUAAGAGGUUUCAUCCAGAGAUGAGUGAGCGUGAAGCCGCACACUUCAUGAUCAAUGUCUGUAACGAUGCCUAUAACAAGUGGACCACCUUUGGUUACGACUUGAUACAGUAUCUCCAACAAGGCAUUGAGAAGUAA